UGACCUUACGCACAAGCAAAUGAGGUCACCUAUCUAGCUACUAGCAAAAGUUGAGCCACCAGCCCUGUACAUACACCAUGUACAUGUAUCGAGAAAUGUCUGUAGAGAAGGCAUUGCUAAACAUUUUUACAGUCUUUUUUGUGUUAAGCAGUGCUAUCAAGGUAACUACUGGUUUGAAGAAUGUACUGUUCCUUGCUGUUGAUGAUCUGAGGCCUGAACUUGGCACCUAUGGAAUGGACUUUAUUAAAUCUCCUAAUAUUGACAAGCUAGCCUCCGAGUCACUCGUGUUUGACAGAGCGUACUGUCAGGUAGCAUUAUGUUCACCAUCUCGAGCUUCUCUCCUCACCGGAAGACGUCCAGACACUAAUCAUGUUUGGAAGAUAGCUAUUGACGAAUACUGGAGGAUGUUCACGAAUGCAACAACUAUACCACAGUAUUUCAAAGAGAACGGUUACAUGAGUGCUGGUAUAGGAAAGAUCUUUCAUGCAGGCGCACCUAGUGGAUACGACGAUAUAAAGUAUUCAUGGAGUGUACCUUACUUCCAUGCCCCAAAAGAUUCUGCUAAUGAUAUGUCAUGGCAUUCUUUCAACACUAACACUACCAACCUACAGGAUGGGAAGAUUGCUGACUACGCUGUCAACACUCUCAGAGAGAUCAAUCAAAAUCGUACAAAAGGAGACACCAGACCUUUCUUUAUUGCUGUUGGUUUCCAUAAGCCUCAUCUUCCUUUCUAUUGUGCUAAAAAGUUUUACGACAUGUACCCACAAGCCACUCAGAUAGCACUCCCAAAAAAUCCAGGUGUACCGAAAAACUUUCCCCCAAUUGCAAGAGGGCUAGGAUCAAUCUAUAAGUAUCGUGACACCAAAAUGUUCUACCCAAACAUAACGAAGUGUCAGACAGAUGUACAAGCAUCAUUCUAUGGAGAAGGUUGUACCAUUUCAGAUGAUUACACUCGUGUAUUAAGAAGGGGUUACUAUGCAUGUGUGAGUCAGACCGACGACCAAAUUGGAAAAGUAAUUAGUGAAAUGACAUCGCUAGGGUUUGCAGACGACACCAUCAUUGUUUUUUGGGGCGAUCACGGCUGGCAGUUGGGCGAACACAAUCAUUGGUGCAAACAAACUAAUUUUGAAGAUGCAACACGUGUACCGUUCAUGUUGAGGGUUCCUGGGGUCACAGACAAAGGCAUGCGUACUAGCGCUCUAGUUGAACUCAUCGACAUCUUCCCGACAAUCACUGAGCUAGCUGGUAUUAAGGUACCUCCAAUGUGUCCUGUUGGAGACAAGCAACCUCUGGCGUGUGUGGAGGGGACUAGUCUAACUCCUCUACUCCAGAACCCUAACAUGCAAUUCAAGAAAGCAGCCUUCUCUCAAUACCCCCGACCUGCUGAGGGCAUGACUGUUAUACCAAAUAAGCAUCCAUUUAACGAUUCAGAGCAUGAUGAAAAUGUAAUGGGUUACUCCAUUCGAGUGGACCAGUAUCGUUUCACAGAAUGGUAUCGUUUCAACCACACCACAGCAACACCAAACUUUACAGAUAUUUGGGCCACAGAGCUUUAUAACCAUACUGAGGCCACUGUUUUCUUCAACGAUGAGAAUAUCAACGUGGCCAGGGAGCCAGACAUACAAGGCUUGGUGGAGACCCUUCGUAAAACACUUCAAGCAGGCUGGAGAGCAGCUAUGCCAUAAAUAUGAUUAAAUGUAUGCUACAUGUAUGUCAUCAAGGUUACAGUAAACUG